AUGGUUGAUGACGACCGCAGCAAGGCUACCCCGGGCUCGCACUCGUGGGUACGCAAGUUUACGCUGUCGUGUUCCCGUUGUAGGGCCGCGAAGCUAAAAUGCGACCGCAAAGAACCCUGUGUGGAAUGUGUCAAGCGUGAUCUUGGCCAUCUUUGUACCAAGGAUGAGCGACACCCGAGGGCUAAACGGUCCAAAACCGUGCACAGAGGCAAGACAGCGUCCAAGCAUAGUCUGCCAGCGAAUGGAGAUAGUGAAUUGGAAGCCGAAGAGACAGCUCAACUCUUGGAGCAUUUCGUCGAGGGAAUUCCCCGUUCGAGUUCUGUGGCGGCAACCCCGAUGUCGGUCGCCCCGGAUUUUCUGAAUCGGUACUGGUCCGCUACAGACCCUAAGCGACACGGCGAGAAGCUCGCCUUGAUCCGAGAGAUCGUCGACGUACUGCCGGAGUGGGAGGUAAUCCACGUGCUUUUUGAGGUGUUCGUCACUCGCUGCCAGGGCCCUUUGGGGAAUGUGGUGCACACUCCGACAUUUAUGGCGCAAGCGGCACUGUUCGGCAACUGCUUGAAUCUCGCUUCAGCAGACGAACGGGCUUCCGCGAUAGCAAGCGCAAUCACAAUGGAGACACUGGGCUGUUACCUCUUGGCGCUUGUGCUCGGUCUUGCUUUUCAUCCUACGCCCUCGAUAUUGGGAUGGAGUCCUACGCCGUCGGCCUUGCGCGUGGAAGAGUUACGAUCGUCCUGUUUGCGUGUCAAGACAUGGAGGGCUCUAGGCUUGCGCUGUCUCCAGGACGGAGUGUCUCUCUUCUGUGGCUCAAUCGCUGGGUUACAGGCUGCAGUCAUGCUCCUACUCGACAGCCAAGAGGACUCAUUGGCGCUGGACGCGGUUCUGGUCACUGCGAUCUCAGGAGCUCGCAGACUUGGUCUACACCGGCUGAGGGAUAUUAAGUUGGACGCGUCUGCAUUAUGUUCAGCACCACUCGAAAAUCACACGACAGGACCGGCAGAACCGCCACAUAUUCGAACAGAAAUAGGUAUUCGGAUAUGGUGGGCACUCGUCCAAAGGGACUGGUCUCGCGGACAGGCCCUCGGCUACUACACCAUCCAACCAUCACAAUUCAACACCCGGAUGCCGCUGCACGUCAAUGACGAAGAUCUCUCUUUAUCAACCUCGCGGGUGGAUAUCAAUGGACUGAUUGCAGAGCGGCCUCGAUCCGAGUUCACCAUGAUGUCGUAUACUCUCCACGCCCUCGAAAUCACCGGCAUUGUCCGCGAAUCCAUCGAGCUAUGGGAUUCACCAACACGUGAGCCCGACAUGACCAUUCGAUCCACCAGAUUGCGCAAACAUCUCAACAAUCAAUAUGAAAAAUAUGUUGCUGGUCUGCCGGCGUAUUUCCGACUGGGAAGCACGGUCGGACUUACCGCCACCGGGAGUCCAAUGGCGGCGAUCCCCGUACAACGCUGGAUGCUGCAUCAGCAACUGUGGAGCUUACUGCUUCGACUGCAUCGGCCCAGUAUCUCAUCGUCGAUCGGUCGUACUUUCUGUCAGCUUCUGGCCCAGAAUAUUAUCGGUACCCAGGGUCAGAUCCACGCGCGAUGCACGGUCUGUGGCUCGCUGUCGACCAGCGAGAUGCAGCUUUUCAACGCGGCGGUGGUGUUGAUACUGGACUUGAUCUUCACGUCCAGGUCAGAUGAUAAUGUGAAUAGUGCCAGCGCACAACAGCUUAGCCGACUGAUGACUCGCGAUAAAAUCCGGGAAGCGAUGGAAUUACUACGAGCUGAGAACGCCAAGAACGGGCCAUCGACGCUCCACAAUCCGCACAGAGAGUCAGAGGCCGAAGGGCCCGCUCAGCGCUGCGUUGUUGCUUUGGAAGCCUUGAUGGAACUUGAGGAAGAAGACAGUUACGAUCAAGACGGUAGUUCAGCCGCUGGAAGUACUCGCGGAGAACAAUUGGCAGGUACAAACCUAAAGAGACUUAGGGUCGCGGGUAUUCUGAAAGCCUUGAGCCGAAAAGGCCUUGAUCCUGCCAACGCACCCGGGCACGCGCAUCCGCAACCCCCAUUCGAGCCCUCUUCACCAUUCAACCCAUUACCACCACUUGUCGAUGGUAGUGUCACCGACGGGUUUCCAGAUCUGGAUGUGCUGCCAGUUCUUUCCAAUGGUCUCGUCAGCCCAGACGACCUUUGGCAGUGGCAAUUCUUGGACUUUCCCCUGCCACCGCUGGAUUCUUGCGAUCCCUUCCCUAAAAAUGUCCCGUUUGGUACACUAGGAGACGAUCUCCCUAGCGCCUUUGAUAUGGGCGCUUCGGACACUUCGCCGUUUGCCGACUCUUAUCCUGGUACGCGUAUGACGCACGCCUCGCGUUCGUCUCCUGGGUAG